AAGUGCAAUUUUGACUCUCUGUUUUAGGCCAAAUUUUGUCAAGAAGCCAUUUGUGUCUGUUUUGGAUGUUCAGAUUACCGAGACCAUGAUUUGGCACGAAAACUCGAGAAGAAACUGAAAUAUUUGUACUUUUACCCAGUUUUCUCUGAUUGUUUUGGAGUUAUAGCAAUUUAGGAAUAUGUAGGAAAUCCCGGCAGUUGCUACGCCCUGUGCUACGCCGCUGACUGUUGUCCAGGAUGCGUAAAGGAAGAAGGCAGAUGGCGCAACUUGUCCUUAGAAGGAUACACACAGCCGCCAUUUUCUAGGUUCAAAGGAAAUGCUCCCAACUCAUAAGAAAAGAACCUUAUUUUGGAUAAUCGCAUUCCAUAAAUAAUGCAGUUGUCAUACAAGGAUUUCACUGAUCCACAGUCAUUCCCUAUCAGCCAAGUCACCGCUAGCAGUGACUAUCGACUAUCAUCAUCGCCCAUCCCUAGUAAUAUUGAUAUUUUCUGGAAGCUCUUUCUUUGCGUUCUGUGUUCUGUGAUGCUAUUGUUCCUUGUUCCAUGGUGUUCAAUGUUGAAUUGAACGUCCAUCAUCCAUUUUUGAAUUUCUUGUUUUGGAUAUUCCAAUUUGUUGCAAUCCAAUCCCAUUACGCAUGAAUUUCUACAUUUGGCACAUGCUCGCCAAAUAAUUUUUGUUAGCUAUGGGCAUUGAAUCUGAGGUAGAUAGAAGAUUGUAUAUCAGAUUACCAGUAAAAAUUGAAGACGAAUUUGUUGUAAGAGAUUUGCAUCCUGAUAUAGUUCAAGUCAAACUUCCACGACAGAAGUCUCGUCGCUGGUGCAUAGUUCUGUUUGACAGCAAAGAAAAGUGCCAGGCGGCUUGUGCGUGCUUGAAGAAAAAGAAGAUAAACAAGAAAAAAAUUAUUGUGAAACCAUUUAAAAAAGGGGGGGGUGAGGAUUCUGUGAAAUCAUCCAAACCACUUGUUAAGUUACUGAAAAAGUAG